CUAUACGACUGUCAUUAGUAAUCCGUUCAGUAGAAAUUAAAUAAUCAUUCAUAUCUGAAUUUAACAGCUCAAGAAUCCAAUUCCUGCGAAGUCAAUCGCGUGAGUGCUUUAUCUCUGUAACCAUCUUUGUUCUUUGAUUUUGUUUCUCCAAACACAUUUUUCGAUCGUGUUAUUAUAGAUCUAAAGUUCUAAACAGAUGUACUCUGUCUGAUGUCUAGAUUGUCUUUGUUCGUUUAUGAUCUUAAAACGGUUUAGAUUUAAAAAUGUGCGUAGCUCUUCAGUUCGUUGAUUCCUUGAUAAAAAUAAGAAAAUACCAAGGUAGCUAUGUCUUUUGUGAUUACUCGAUUGUUGUUUAGCACAUUGGUACUCGAACUUUCUUGAUUUUGCGGCUGUGGACCUUAUUGACACAAUCAGGGCAAGUUUAGUUAUGUUUUAAUUUGCUAGGACCCGAAUUCAUCUUUUAUACUACGUAUUUAACAUGUGCAGCUAGAUUUCAAUCAUACCCAAGUUAAUUACAUCAUAUAUAGUGCUCAGAAAGUUGCAGUUAUAGUGUGAAGAACUUAUUUAAGCCAUGGUAAAGGACACCGAAUACUAUGAUAUCUUGGGGGUAAGCGUAGAUGCCACACCUGCAGAUGUUAAGAAAGCGUACUAUAUCAAGGCAAGGGUAGUUCAUCCAGAUAAAAAUCAGGGGGAUCCACAAGCAGCUCAUAAAUUUCAGGUGCUUGGAGAGGCUUAUCAGAUCCUGAGUGACCCACAUAAACGUGAAACCUAUGACAAAUACGGGAAAGAUGGAGUACAACAGGACACAAUGGUAGACCCUGCAGCAGUUUUUGGAAUGCUAUUUGGGAGUGAUUUCUUUGAAGAUUAUGUAGGACAGUUUUUAUUGGCUUCUUUGUCAGUUGUUGAAGCUGAGGAGGAAUCCACUCCACCUGAGCUCCGCAAUAAGAAUGUUCAGGAAAAAUUGAAGGCUUUACAGAAGGAAAGAGAAGUGAAGCUUGUAACAAUUUUGAAAAAUCAUCUCCAUCCAUAUGUUGAAGGUCAUGCUGAUGAGUUUUUAAGCUGGGCGAAAUCCGAAGCAACCCGUCUCUCUCAAGCUGCUUUUGGUGAAGCUAUGUUACAUACUAUUGGUUACAUUUACACAAGGCAAGCUGCCAAAGAGAUUGGAAAAGACAUACGUUUCAUGAAGGUGCCAUUUUUAGCAGAAUGGGUACGCGAUAAAGGACACCGCAUAAAGUCACAAGUUGGUGCUGCUUCAGGCGCCAUCUCUUUGCUUCAAAUACAAGAGGAAGUGAGGAAGUCGAGUGAGGGAGAGGUUAAAGAAGAAAGUGUAAUCAAAACUCUAGAGGAGAAGAAAGAUGCCAUGCUUAAUUCCCUUUGGCAGAUUAAUGUUGUUGAUAUUGAAACUACCCUGUCUCACGUUUGUCAAGCAGUUCUAAAAGACCCUACUGCCACAAAGGAUGUUCUGAAGCUGCGCGCCAAGGCAAUGAAGAAGUUGGGAACAAUUUUCCAAGGUGCAAAGGCAAAUUGUGCUAGAGAAAGCAGCCUUCGUCACGAAAGCACCGAUAUUGUAGAUGUCAAUUCAUCCUCAUCCUCAAAGUGAGGAUUGUAUUUUUUUUAGUGUGCAUCAGUUUUUUUUCAUGCAAGCUGUAAUUGUAUGCAGCUCUUAAUGCUUCAUAUAUGUACAUGAUCAAUGUUAAUUAGUUCCUGUGACAUGCCAGAAUACGUCGUUGAUUCAGUGUUUAAUUUCAAUGUGGUUGCUUUAUAUGUGGAGUUUGUAAUAAUGUCUCAAUUGGACUGGACGCCUGGUAAAUGGUUCUGCAAUUUUAUUUAUCAAUUAAAUAUUUUGAUCAUUUCCGCUUUUGGGGAUCA